GCCACGCUGUGUUAUUUAUUUUUCAUUGAUUGGAAGUAUUUUUCAUUACUCUCACAAGUACCACUCAUGAAUUUAAUCAACGUCAAGCGAAUCACCCUGAUUACGAAAAUCAGCUAGUCAACAGUUCUCUUCAUCUUAUCAAAGUUAAGCGAUACAAAGUUGAAGGCGUAUUGAGAACGUGCAUAAACACAAGCAAUUAAAAAGCGACCAGAACUUAAGAUGUUCGCUCGAAAAUUACUUGUAAGGUGUUACUGCAGCACUAAAAACGGCAACAAGCCUCCAGUACCACAUUUUUCUGCUGCGGGAAGUCAUAGAUCGCCGUGGAAGAUCUUGAAGGACGAAUUUAAAUCGAUUAAAGAUGGUAAUUUGGAAAUACCGGAGCAGAAAGUACCCCGAGAAUCUGAUAUUGUUAUCAUUGGGGGUGGGCUUAUGGGAUCGUCUGUGGCUUAUUGGCUCAAACAAAGAAAUCCGAAAGCCUAUGAAAUUACUGUUGUUGAAAGAGAUCCAUCGUACACAAGAGCUGCCAGUGCAUUGUCCUGUGGGGGACUACGUCACCAGUUUUCUUUACCUGAGAAUGUGAAGCUUUCAAUGUUUACUUCACAAUUCCUUCGAAAUAUCAAGCAAUAUUUAAGUGUUUUAGAUAUGGAUCCUCCUGAUGUUCAGUUCAAUCAUCAGGGAUAUUUAUUCUUGGCUACACCUGCUGGAUCAGAACAACUUGCAAAGAAUGUCAAAAUGCAGAGAGAAAAUGGUGCCAAAAUUGAACUACUGAGUCGUGAUCUUCUGGCCAAAAAAUUUCCUUGGCUUAAUAUAAAUGGAAUUGAACUGGCCUCAUAUGGACUUGAAGGUGAAGGCUGGUUUGAUUCAUGGACUUUAAUACGAGCUCUGAAACAAAAAAAUUUAUCUCUUGGUGUAAGAUAUGUCACUGGUGAAGCCAUUGGAUUUGAUCUGACAUCAUAUGUUGAACAUAGCAGUGAAGGUCUUGUAACAAAAAAUAAGUUAGACUGUGUACAGAUAAAAAGUGAUGAUGGAAUUUACCACACAAAGUUUGCCAUUGUGGUUAAUUGUGCUGGACCUUGGGCUGGAGAGGUGGCAGAAAUGGCAGGGAUUGGACAUGGUAAAGACAUUUUGUCUGUGCCUUUGCCUGUGGAACCCAGAAAACGCUAUGUUUAUGUAGUCCAUUGUCCAAAAGGCCCCGGUGUUGAUUCUCCAUUUGUCAUAGAUCCAACCAAAAUGUAUUUUCGACGAGAAGGAUUUGGUGGACAUUAUAUUUGUGGAAUGUCGCCAACAGAAGAAGAAGAACCAUCAACUGACAAUCUUGAUGUAGAUUAUGGAUAUUUUGAUAAAAACGUUUGGCCACUUUUAGCAAAAAGAGUGUCAAAAUUUGAGUCUCUGAAGGUGAAGAGUGCUUGGGCUGGUUUCUAUGAUUACAAUUACGCUGACCAAAAUUUAAUUAUUGGAAAUCACCCUUACCACAGGAAUAUGUUUUUCGCCAAUGGUCUCAGUGGCCAUGGCAUUCAACAUGCCCCUGCCAUUGGCCGUGCCAUUAUGGAAUGCAUUAUUGAUGGCAAGUUUGAAACUAUAGAUUUAUCCAGAUUUACAUUUGAAAGACUGUUGGAUGAUGAACUUAUAUUUGAACAAGGAAUUGUUUAACUAAGAAGAGUUACUCUUCCACGCACACAUAACCAUCAGAGAGAGAGAAAGAGAGACAAAUAAUGAAAUAAAGAAAAUCGCUUGUUUUUAUUUAUUUAUUU